AUGGAUGGCUGGGAUGGGAUCACCAAGGCGUUGGUGUCUUCAUCCGUGACAUCGGUGGAUGGGGAGCGCCGAAUCGGCUGCGGCGAAUCUAGCAUGACGAACCGCCGUAUGGAUACGCCUUCAACGGGCAUGAGGGGUUACCAAGAUGAUAAGACUGUGCGUGAGGUGAAUACCAUUUUCGCAUCGAAGUAUUACGAAUAA